AUGAAGGUGGAGGAUAAAGAUUUUGUUGUUAAGGACCUAAUUAUUAAUGAGUCUAAUUUAGUUUUUGAAGCAAAUAAGGGAAUUGAUGACGGGUCGGAUUCAAUUUUUGAAGCAAAUAAAAGAAUUGUUGAUGGGUUUGAUUUAGAGGGUAUAAUGAAGGUGAAGGACGAAAUACUGGAGCUUGAAAAAGAAGGGUUUUUGGGGUGUUCUAUUAAGAAGGAGAAUGUGGAUGUUAGAAUGGAAGUAAACAGGGAAUUAGAUAGCUUGGAUGACAUGGAAGAAGGUGAGAUAAGGGAUGUUGAUGGAUAG